CACGGGCGGGCCGGGAUCGGGCAAGGGCUCGGUUACCGGCGGGCCGGGGCGGGCUCUGGCUGUCCUCCUGACGGAGAGGGACGGGGCCUGGCCGGCGGCCGGCGUUUGCCUGGGGGCUGGGGCUUGCCGCGCUGCCGGAGCCGUGCGAGGCCGCUGCGCUCCACGCCGGUGCCCGGCACAGAGGCUGAGGAGGUCCGGCAGCCUGGGCUCGUUCCGGUGACAGUUAUAUAUAUCCUUGAGUAGUGCUUAGCUGCGCUCCUCCUGAGUGCUCCCUGGGAAAGCGACGAUGAUCACAUUCAUGAAUAACUCGGACAGCGAGGAAGAGCCCUGCAAUGAGAGAACAUCUCUGAUGUCUGCGGAGAGCCCUCCAGUACCCUCCUACCAGGAUGGCCUGCAAACCGCAGAAGCAGGGGAAGUGCAGGCACAUAGGAAGAGGCGAACAGGUAGCAGCCGUAGCCCUAACAAUAUUGCCGAUGGGGAUAUGUCUGACUCGGGUGUUCCAGUGAGAGAAAGCGCCUUGGAAAAUGAAGAGGAGGAACUGACUCUGAAAUAUGGAGCAAAGCAUGUAAUCAUGCUCUUUGUGCCUGUCACCCUUUGUAUGAUUGUUGUCGUCGCCACCAUAAAGUCAGUGCGCUUCUAUACGGAGAAAAACGGGCAGCUGAUCUACACCCCUUUCAGUGAGGAUACCCCUUCUGUGGGCCAGCGUCUCUUGAACUCAGUGUUGAACACCAUCAUAAUGAUCAGCGUCAUCGUUGUAAUGACCGUGUUCCUAGUUCUGCUCUAUAAAUAUCGCUGCUACAAGUUCAUCCAUGGCUGGCUGAUCCUGUCCUCUUUGAUGCUGCUCUUCCUCUUUACCUACAUAUAUCUCGGUGAAGUAUUGAAGACAUACAACGUGGCCAUGGAUUACCCCACUCUGUUCUUAGUCAUCUGGAAUUUUGGAGCUGUUGGAAUGAUUUGCAUACACUGGAAAGGUCCCUUGCAGCUGCAGCAAGCAUAUCUCAUUAUGAUCAGUGCUCUAAUGGCACUGGUUUUCAUUAAAUAUCUACCUGAGUGGUCAGCAUGGGUGAUUCUAGGUGCAAUCUCCAUCUAUGAUCUGAUGGCUGUUCUCUGUCCCAAGGGGCCACUGAGAAUGCUGGUAGAAACCGCACAGGAGAGAAAUGAGCCCAUUUUUCCUGCAUUAAUAUAUUCCUCUGCUAUGAUGUGGACAGUUGGAAUGGCCAAGCCAGACACAGCAGCAAGAGGAGCAAGUCAGCAGACGUGGGAUGCAGCUGAGGAUGGGGGAGAGAACCACAGGAGCACUUUGCAUGGAGACUCUCAGAUGCCUGAGACAAGGAGUCCUGGUCCAACCCGCCCCAUCACUUCUUUCGAGGAGCUUGAGGAGGAGGAAAGGGGUGUGAAGCUGGGCCUCGGAGACUUCAUAUUUUACAGUGUGCUUGUUGGGAAAGCAGCUGCCACAGCUAGUGGAGACUGGAAUACGACACUGGCCUGCUUUGUAGCCAUUCUCAUAGGUUUAUGCUUAACUCUUUUAUUACUGGCUGUUUUUAAGAAAGCACUGCCUGCUCUUCCCAUCUCCAUCACCUUUGGCUUGGUCUUCUACUUCUCAACAGACAACCUUGUGCGACCUUUCAUGGACACCCUGGCCUCCCAUCAGCUGUAUAUUUAGAAGAAGUGGGAAUUAGAGGAUUCUUUUUAAAGCUUUGCUGUGAAGUAUGGUACACUGUUUGGAAUAAGUCAUGAAGUUUUACACUUAGUGCCAUAUAUUUGUAAGGAAAACACUAACUCUGUGACAUGAUGUGUACUAAAAAUCUAAUAGUUACAUGUUGAACUGAGAUUUUUUACAGGACACUCGGACCCCAGUGAAAAGCCUGGCUCACUGCUGAUGUCAGAGCAUUACUUUUAUGUUAGUUGAUGUGCACACUGGCUGUUGUGAGCACAGAAACCUGUAUGUAGCAUAGGACACCGGAGAGGUGAAGGGUCUGAUCUGUACUUCCAGAAGACAAAGUGUUUGAGCCCUGGAAUUGCAGUCAAGUUUAACUGCACUCUAGAGUUGCUAAUGCUUCACACUUUUGAAGUGUUGUGCAAAUAUGAGGUGCCGGUAAGUCGUACCUGUAAUCAGAAAAGCACAGCAGGCAGCAUGCACGGAACAGAGCAGUGUGUUACACCUGGUGGGGAGCAUUAGAGAAGCGAGGCUGGACUUCAUCAGCUGGCCUCUGUGCACACAACUUCUGUUGAAAUUGCCCCAAAGGCCCAUUUAUUUUGACCUUUGUGAGACACAGUGAGCCACGAUGGAUCUAGACAGGAUGUCAGUGGUGGGACAUUUAAACAUCAAGUGCUUGGUUCUGAGCACAUCUGCCAUUGCAGCUAACAGCUGAAGGCAGGGCUUCCCAUUCUAGCGCAUCAGAUCCUCAGCGUGGGAAACCAUACUUUUUCCUGUCUCCUCCCAGCAUUUUGUCUUUUUUGGAAAUAUUUUUCUGGGUCCAUACUACAAUUUCAAAUUACCGUAUGCUGGAAAUUACUACACAACUCCAGUAAAUCAGUUGACCUGUAACUUGUUGUGUGUAUUUCUGGUCUCAUUUCUGUGCAUUGUUGUAACCACUCCAAAGGAGGAUUUACAUUCCCUUUAUGAAGAGGUCCUCUUACACUGAUUAAGGCUUGGUUUACCUAGUUUUUGGUACUGUUUAAAGAUUAUUUUUUUUAAUUACAAAUUUUAUAAUGGCUAUUUAAUGUCAAAGGGACUCUUUUGGAAAUACCCUGUCAUAGUUUGUAUCAAAAUAAGGUGGUGCAAACUUUAACCUGCUGUUACAUUGCUCUACAUAAUGCAUCAUUAAUACUAGGAAUACAUACAUAGCCUCAAUUGAGUUCAUUUAAAAAAGAAACAACAAAAAAACCACAGUGCUUUUUUGCCUGUAAAAAAUACAGGUCUGACUGAAUCCUACUGGUUUUUCCACUUUUAAAAAUCAUUUUAUUUCUACUCUGAGUCAAUUUUUUAGAAAUAGCCAAGUUCUGUGAUUUUUUUUUCUUUUCAUUUUACUUGAGUGUCUAUUACGCAAACAAGCUCUGUUUUCUUUGACAGCUGAUCAAUGUCAGUGUUUCAAAAUGUAACGUUAUGCAAGGUUUUGUGAAUAAUGCAAUGUCAUUGAGAGAUGCAGAAUUUCAUCUCUGAAAAUACUUUUUAGAUAAGACUUUGAAUUACGCGUUUUUAAGGUAGUGCUUUUCCAAUAGACUUGUUCAACCUAAUCUACUUUGAUAUUUAACAAGGACAUCACAUAGGUGAUUCAAACAAAUUUUUUAAAAGCACAUAAAGGCUUUUAUGAGUUGUGUGUGUCUCAGUUUGGACGAGUUGGUAAUUCUUGCUCUUUCUUUAGUUUUUUGUCCUCAUUUCUUAUGUUUUCAGUGUUUGGACUUAACAGCUGCAGACAGAGUUAAUUAUCACUGAAAGGUAUUUCCUUUAGAAACAUAAAUCAUUAGAGCUCUUGAUUUUUAAGGUUUACGUGAAAGUUGGUUUGUCUAUUUGUUGGUUUGUUUUGUUUGUGGGUUUGGGUUUGGUUUUUGUUGUUGUUAACUAAACCAGUUAUGGGGCCAAAUCAGAAUACAAUCACUUACAAACAUUAUUUUACUUUUUGCAUUGCAUGGUGUAGAGAGGAUGUGAAAUACUCUUAUCUACUAAAAGAAAAAUCCUGCUUGGCUUAACAGGGUUGUAGCAUAUUGUUAGAAACAAUUCAUUUCUAUGAAAGCAGAGUUGAUAUUUGAAGGAAACUGGAGCGGUACCUUCAAAUAUUGAAGGAUCAUUACUGUAACUGGUGGUUUUCUGCAGAUUUGUGCUUGCCAAAGAUUGGCCUUCCACUGAGCAAUUUUGCAUAACUUAUAAAAAUUGUAAUUUAAAACUGAGCAGCAGAUUCUGUCAGUGCAACAAAAUUUAUUGUCCUGGUGAAUGACAGCAUAUUGUGUGGAGUGGUUUUAAUUGUGUAAAAGUUCAUAUGUAUUUACUACAAAUAUAUAUAUACACUGUGUGUGUUUAUGUGUGUAUAUACACACAUACAAGUUUUAAAACUAUAUUGAGUGAUUUCUCAUCUCAUUGGACAUUCUCACCUGUGCAUGAAGUGAAGUUUUGUUUGUGAUGUUGACAUUGUGCAGCAUGGCCUAAGGUGUGAAAAUGGAGACGGCAGGAUUUACUCUACUUCCUAGUUGGCUACCGCAUGAGAUACUGACUCAGUGACCUGGCAACUUGAACGAGCAAAGCAUUUGUCUGUCUACUAUGUUCAUCCACUGUUUUCAACUUGCUGCACGCUCUGCUGAACUGCAGCCUCUUUCACCCUAAAGAAAUCCUAAUACUUCCACUGAUGAGCAUCCCCGAAUAAGCACAGCUGUCAGGUAGGAUGGGGCGACACCUGGCUUGAUGCAGGUGUCACUCAACAGCCUGAAGUCCUAUAGGAGGUACCAUGGGCUGGCAUUUUCUGACAUGAUCUCUGUCACACCCACUCCUCCUCUCUACUCUAAAAUGAGUAUCUCAUUGCAUCUAGUCUCAAAUGUGUCUCUAACACGUAAGACUGAAGCUAAGUCAACGGCAAAUCCAAGCUUUUCACUGGGGGGAGAUAUGCAGCCUCCUUGCAGUAUUUAGUGCCUUCGUUAGAAGCAUGUGCAAUUCAACUGCUUCGUCAUUGUCACCUUCUGGCCACACAGUUGCUGCUUGUGCUUAUUGCUGUUUCUCCUCUUGGCACUUCAUUGUUGCUUUUGGUUUCAGUUGCUUCAGGGUUGUUUUGUUUGAAGUGUCAACUGUGCGUCAAAGACCGGAGAUGCAUUCUGCCCACAGAGAGUGCACAAGAAGCAGCACAGUCAUAAAAAACAUACAAGAAACAGGACACUCCUUGCAGAACCAUGCAGUGCUUCCACAGCAGCUCUCAUCGGAUACUCAAGAUCUCGUUCAUAAAACCUAACUUCAGGUUCUUAAGGGAAGACCCUCAGAAGGGAGUCACUCUGUGCUAGAAAUGUCGUCUCCUGGCUCACAGAGAGAAAAGGACACAUUUGCAAUAUCAGGGUGUCUCAGUAAGAGCUUUAUAAACACUGCUGAAGCUGGGCCAACAUGGUAUAGUAGAUACAGCAAGGUCACAGCACAGGUCUGCCACAGUCAGGAAAAGGAGCAGUGGUCUGCUCUCCCAUACCUUCUUUGCACCAGUUGCUAGUGAAGUUUCCUCCAUGGGGCAACCGGAUGAAGUAAGAUGGACUAUCUCUCUGAGAAAAUGGCACUUGCUGGCACGACUCCAGCGAAGAAUAGCUCGAGGCCUGCUGUCCUUGCAAAAUAAGGUAUUUGGAGGUCUCCCUGCUCCUCCGAAACCAGUAAAUUUCUCUGCUUUGUUCUUGUCUUCCUAGGUACUGCCAGUUAAUCACACAGUGUGCUUGCCUUCCUCUUCCUUGUAACUCAAAUUGCAUUUUGGUUUAAAUUUAAUAUAUAGUUACUUUUCUUUAUUGUU